UCCCCUCUCAUACAAUUACUUCAAGCCUUCUCUAUUUUUCUUGAGAGACAAACACUAACGCACUCUUUCAAUCCUUGAUAUAAGAAAUGGCUCGUACAAAGCAAACAGCAAGGAAGUCCACCGGAGGCAAGGCGCCGCGAAAGCAGUUGGCCACCAAGGCUGCUAGGAAGUCAGCUCCGGCGACCGGAGGAGUGAAGAAACCUCAUCGUUUCAGGCCAGGAACUGUGGCCUUAAGAGAGAUCAGGAAGUACCAGAAGAGCACUGAGCUCUUGAUCAGGAAGCUUCCAUUUCAAAGGCUGGUGAGAGAAAUCGCACAGGAUUUUAAGACCGAUUUGAGGUUCCAGAGCAGCGCCGUCGCGGCUCUUCAAGAAGCUGCUGAGGCUUAUCUCGUCGGUCUUUUUGAGGACACAAAUCUUUGCGCAAUUCACGCCAAGAGAGUCACUAUCAUGCCUAAAGAUAUUCAACUUGCUAGGAGGAUUAGAGGUGAGAGAGCCUAGAGAAGUAUUAUAAGUUGAAUAUCUGGAUCUGUGUUGUUUUUCAGGGUUUAGGUUUUAAGAUCUGGAAAAACAUGUAAAUCGAUUUGAAAUCUGAUGAAAAUCUCUGUUCUAUCCUUGUUCUAAACAUGAAGUCAAAUCAAUCAACUCUCAUUGAUGCUGAGAAA